GGCACUAGCCCCUGAUGGUGAGGCUAUGGCUGGUGGGCUGUUCGCAAUCCUCAGCCGGUUGCUGUGUUGUGGUGUCCUGCUGAGCCCGAACCUGAGCCGUGGCCUGGCUGGUCUCGUGUUCCAACCAUCUUUCCUGAUUGCAUCAGGACCUGAAGUAAAUGUAUACCUAGUGGGAGAGAACAGCUCCGCGGCUCAAGUUGGUGUGGAAACAGUUACUCACCUUAAUGAUUCAUCACAAUCUGACUGUGUGAAGGCAAGUGCCACUGACCAGUGGUUACUGACUACUUCUGAGGAUGAGAUGAAUCGCAAUGUGCAGUUGACUCUAGAUCGGUCUCUGGUACCUUGUGAAGAUUUAUUAAAUGAAACCAAUUGCUGUGCAGAGCCUCUGUGUAUUGUUGAAACUCUCCGUGUGACUGCUUGCCUGGAUGGCAACCUUGCAGCAACACUGCUUGUUCAAGUUAUGAUAUUUGUGAACUCAACAUUUCAUGGGAUUGUAAAUGAAAGCAAGGUGCUGAUUCCAAAACAAAAAUAUCACCCUCUUGGCCCAUGUCCAUGCAAUUUAACUGCAUAUGCUUGUGAUGUGCGAUGCUGUUGUGAUGAGGAAUGCACACCCAGUAUGAUUCAGCUGUUCCAUUCUUACUGUUUUACUGGGGUAUUUGGAGGGAAUGUAUCCCAACCAUUUGACCACUUAUGCUCUGUUCAGAAUGCAAAUGCUCCUGACUGGUUCCCUUUCCUCUGUCUCGAAUCUUCUUUUGAUAACUCGCCAUACUUGGGGCUGUUCUAUGAUGGUGAUACUGUCAGUGUUUCUCAUGACGUUUCGUUUGGGACAGCCACAUCUGCAGUGCUAAAUGUACCUGUUGGCUAUCAUCAUGGUGAUCAUAUUGUUAAAAAUGAAGAUGAAUACCUUGCUAUUCCACAGAGAUCUUUGAACGGUCAAUGCUUGACAAAUGCACCUGUGGCUUACCUUGAAGAUUUUGAUGCACGUUGUGUGACUCCUCUAACUGCUGCAGCUUGUAUGGAUAACCAUGACAUUAGCGAUGAUAUCCGUAUCCAAAAUGGCCAAGGAUUGUUGAUCUCGGCUGUCAUAACCUAUCAGAAAACCACAGACCUCAGCAAAUUCAUUGCCACGACCUCUGUGAAUUUCGGGCCAAGUCCUGCUAACCAGUCCUGGUUUCCUGAACAUCUGAAUAUCACAGCUUCUGUAGAGCCGAUUCAUAAAUCAGAAACCAAACUUGUAGAUGGAAUCUGUGAAAAUAUGAUUUUGCAGGCAGAUUAUGUCUUCAGUUGGAAAGGAAAUGUGAUCAAUAAUGUUACUUUGCUUGUCACAGUGGGAAAUGUUCCCUUAGAUCCUCCAGCUACUUUGACACAAAGAUUCAGUGUGACUUUCACUAACUUCAGAAAUGGCCAUCCAUCCAAUGUGACUCUGUCUGGAAACCCAGGUUAUCAAAUUGGCAAGCCUGUUUUAGGUGCUUUUGAAAAUGGCAGCACCUUACAAAAGGCUCCUGUAAGCAUAUGGCAACCAGUUGGAAAUGGGUUGUGCUCAUCAGCUCAAAUCACAUCAGUGUUGUUUGGAAAGAACUCCCUCUCUGGUUGCCUGUUGAGACUUGGCAUUGAUGCUUUUGAUAACUGUGCUGGUCUUAGGUCCACUAUUUAUGAAAAUCUUCUGAAUCUGGUGCCAACAAAUAUAUCAAGGAGAGGAAAUUCAAAUCCAUCUGAUCUGUCAGAAUGGGUGCCAUUGUUCAAAGUUCUUCCUAAUGAUUCUGCCAAUUUUGAAAGUGAAUUAAGCAGCUUCUGCACUGGGAUUCCUGCCAACUUGAACCUUUGGUUCUUCACAUCUGUUGUUGGAGCAAUUGAAGGAGUGCCACAACACGAAAUACUAGGAGCUGAAGCAAAUUUUUCCACAGUGACCUGGCAAGUCAACUGUGGAGGAGGAGAUGCAGUAGUCUGUGAGAACAGUUCGCUUUUACAGCCCUUUUCAGUCAGCUCUUCUGUACAGUUUAUCGAAAUACCUGUACAGCCUGAACCAAUGAAAACCAGUUUCCAGAUGAAUUACUUUGAAUAUGACUGCUCUCGAAAUGAUAUUUGUUGGCCUGAGCUUGCUUACCCAUUGACAAGACGUUACCAAGGUGAAACAUACUCUCGGUCGAUUGCUCAUGGGAUGUUGCUGGUGUUUUUCUUUUUGAUGACUGCACUGUUGGGAGACCCCUGGAACAAAAUCCGUAAAGCUUGGCAGAACACUAUGUUUCAUUAGACUACUGCGGGAGGUCCAUGCACAAACAUUUCACUCCAGUCUUUUUAUUUAUUGAAUCAAUAACUUGUGCAACUGAAAGAUUCAUGAGAUGCAGGUGACCAAGAAGGCCAUUAACUUGAUUGAUUUGGAAUAAAGCCUAGAACCAUUCAGCACAAUACAGACCCUUCAGCCCUCGAAGUUGUGCCGACCUUUUAUCCUACUCUAAGAUCAAACUGACCUACAUAUGUUUUACUAUCAUCCAUGUGUCAAUCCAAGAGUUGCUUAAAUGUCUUAAUGCAUCUGACUCUACUACCAUGGCUGGCAUUCAUUCCAUGGACCCACCACUCUCUGUGUAAAAAACCUACCUCUGACAUCUCCCCUCAACCUUCCUCCAACCGCCUGAAAAUUAUG